AUGGUUAUGGUGGCCGAUUUGAGUCUUCUGGAUACGAUUCCCUCGGAUCUCCUGCUGAAUCAAACUAAUUGGCUUGAAUAUAACUCAAGUGCCGCCCACAAAAAUGUGACCAUGCCUGUUUCGGAUUCUAGUGACCUGAUUCCAUUUGAUGAUAUCAGCCUUGUCGCUCAUGAUCGUCUUGAAUUAUUCACAGAUAUCUCGACAACGGGCAAAGGAUAUGCUCUUUUGAACAAAAUUUCCUACACAGCACCAGUAGUCCCAACUUUAUACACCGCUAUGAGUGCAGGAGAUCAGGCGAAUGAUGCGGAGAUAUACGGAACCUACACUCAUAGUGUCGUUCUUGAAAAAGAUGAGGUUGUAGAGCUAUUGGACAGAUUUCCACCGUACGGAGCCAGCUUCUUUGACUACGAUGCCGGAACCUCCUUUGCCACGUUUGAUGAAAACAAUCACACUGCAUUCCCGACUUAUCCUGCUCGCCGCGACAAUUUCAUUCUUCCUCCCGGUGGAUUUUAUGUCAUUCGUUUCAAGGCCGAUAACCCUGGUGUUUGGAUAUUCCACUGUCACAUUGACUGGCAUUUGAUGCAAGGUCUAGCCAUGACUUUCGUGGAGGAUCCCUUUGCCAUUCAAGACACUACUACCAUUCCUGAAGAUCACAUUGAGGUCUGCAAAGCUGCUGGUGUGCCCUAUGAAGGCAAUGCUGCUGGUAACACAGAGGACUACACUGAUUUGAAGGGCUUCACUACGCGUGGUAUUGUUGCUCUUGUCUUCUCUGUUGUCUCUGCCGCCGUGGGUAUGAUCGCUAUUUCUAUAUACGGUGUUUCCGAUCUCAAAUUUACUAUGACUGAGUCGGGCAUGGGCGAUGAGAGUGCAUCCAUUGGUGAAGUCACUGAGGUUUCAUCUGAGUAUCGGGAUUAG